CAGUGUAAAGUGUUUUAUUAAAUUUAUCUACUGUUACAUGUUCCGCCACUGUAAUUUAAAAACGUCUGUUUAUUUUUCUUGUAAGAAUUAAUUAGUGGAGGCGUUUACAUCCGGUUACAACGCGCUCUUUCUCUUCCGGCACGUACUUAUUUCCGCGAAUCGGUUCUUUCAAACAUCUCGUUUUAAAGAUCCGGUUCAAAUAAACGACUCGGUGAUUCCUCAACGUCAAAUCUCCUAAUUACACCAUAUCACCAUUUUAUGUAAUUUCAGUUUAGCAUGUUUCAUUGAUUCAGCUCAUAAAAAUAUAGUCACGUUAAAACCAAUAUAACAAGCAUUCUAUAGGAAUCGUAAACGAAUCGUUUAGACCGUUUAAGUGAAACAGUUCGAGCGAAUCAGUGAUUCAUUGACGAAACUGUAUUUAAGUGAAUGUUGCUGUAGUUCGUGUUUGGGUUGGUGAAAUCCACGUGUAUUUUCUUACAGCGUAUAAACGGUUUGAAAGAGGUAAGAUACGUUUUUACACGUCUAAUGUCUAAUGAGCAAUGCAGUCUCGAGAUCCUGUCUCCUGUGUUUGCAGUGGCUGGAGACUCAACGAGGCUGCACAGAUAAAAUAGAAGGAGCAAAAGGCGUGACUUCGCUAGAUUAUGAAGCUUUACGUGCGAUAUUCUUUCAACAAAUCUCGUCCUGUUUCCACGGCGGUGAUGGUUUGUUGUGUACCGUUACCAAUCCAAAAACAGGCAGAGUAAAGCGGCGGCAUUCAGAUAUUGUCUGUCAGGAGAAGCGCGCCUUUCAGACACUUUGUAUUGCCACAAUUUAACGUGUUGUUGUACGUUGAGAAAAGACUGGGAGGAGGGAAACCCCUCCAUCGAUCAAUUCAGACCAGGUGCUGGACUGGGGUUAAAAUUUGGCCCUGGACAAAUCCGGCCCAUCCGGCUCACGAGUUCCUCGUGAAUGUUUUGCUGGGUUAUAGGGCCUUAAAUUGGAGUAAAUGAAUAAAACAGGACAGAAACAAAUAAUGAUAGUUAUUACUGAAUUCCUAAUAAUGAACUUACAUAGAAAGGAACUUGACAGUAAAGCAAUGAUUUUGAGCUAGAAUGCAGACAAUUUACUGCUAUCAUUUCCACACUCUCAUGUCCUUCCAAACAUGUAUGACUUGCUUUCUUCUCUGGAACGCAAAAGAAGAUAAGUUGUAGAAUGUUAUCAAACCACUUUGGUUACUCUUGGUUUCUACUGUAUUUUACUGUUUGUAUACUACAGGAGGUUCUUGAAAUUUGGAAUGACAUCAUGGUGAGUAAAUGAUGACCGUUUUAAUUUUGGGGUGAAGUAUCCCUUUAAGAACUUUAACAUUUGUAAAUAGUUAACAGCUAAUUUAUAUAAGACACUAUUUAUCUUUAAUCAGGCUCCAAUUGAGUUAACAUUUUACUUCAAUUAACAUUAAUUAGAACUAAACAUUUAAAACUAUUUUGUUAAAUUAUACUUUGCCCUAAUGAAAUUUAAUAUAAAUUUUAUAUAAAAGAAUAGAGCAAGUUAGUUUGAGGUCUUUUUUGUUAAUUGUGUAAUAAAUAAAAUGAAAAAAAAAAAAAUAGAUAAAAUGCAAAAGAUUAUUUUUUUUUUUUAAGAACAGAAUUAGAUUAGUUAGUUAGUUUAACUGACUAGUAUUAGUAAGAUGGUGGUCACAAGUAAAACCAUGGUCCUCAUAUACCAUAUGGUUUUUAAAAUAAAUAAUAGCUAAUACAAACUAUGGAAUUUGUAAUUUAAAAAAUAAAUAAAUAAAUAUGUAGAAACUACAAAAACAAAUUCCCCAAUAUUUAAAAUAAGUAAUAACAGUAGGCUGACAUUUAUAAUAAAUAUACAGCUAAAAAACACAAUAGGCUAUUUGUACGUUGUUAAUAACUGCAAGUUAAUUAUUUGUCAAUUCAGCAUCAUAGUCAUUUAUGUAUUGGCGUUUUCCAAUUUGCCUCGUCAGUUUACAUAGUCAUGGCCAGAGCCGUGCAGAGACCUUUGGAGGGGCAGGUGCUCAAAGUAUAAAAGGGGCACAUGGAACAUGGCUUUUAAUAGGGCUGUGCUCCUUGCUGAUAUGUGUAUCGAAAUGGAUGCUUCUGUAUUGAUACAGCAGCAAAUGCCAUGAUGCAGGUUUGAAAAAGAAACUCAGAACAGAAAAGACCAUUUUAAAUUUAAAUGUUAAAGACAAUUUUUCCACCACUUGAUUACACUGGAAUUAUAUUAUUAUUAUUCUUGUCUUAUUUAAAAUAGAAUUCUGUUCUAAUCCUGUUCUGAAUGUAUUCAUUAUUUGAAUGAUGAUGAUUAUGAAAACAGGAUUGAUAAGUAUAAUUCGGAGGACGAGAAAAUCCGUGUAAGCCUGUUUUACCAGUGUUGUGAUAAUUAAUUUUAAGGCACUAUGUUUUUAAGAAAUACUGUAAUAAUAAUAGUUCAAAGUAUGAAUAGUUUUUAGUCAGAUAACAUAGACAAGACGCCUCGACACGCUUUAAAUUUUUCCCAAUUAAACCGCAAGAACGAAAGAGAACAAGCACCUUUGUUUAUAUUGUUGUGUGUAGAACUGUUAGCUGCAUUUUUAGUAUUUAAUAUUAAUUUUAAUAAAAUGUAAAUUCGUCCCCCACACUUUAAUCGAGCUCGAGCAGGUGUUUUCACAUACACUCUAAAAAGGCUGGGUUAAAAAAUAACCCAACCUUAACCCAGCCGCUGGGUACCUAUGGGACAGAACACGUGCUGGGUUGUUUUGACCCAAGUGCUGGGUUGAGCCAUUUGACCCAGAAUGCUGGGUUGUUUAUUUAACCCAACCAGUGGGUCAGGUUAACUGUGUUGCUGGGUUAAACAUUACCCAAACAUUGGGUUAUUUGUUGUCUCAUUGCCUUGCUACGUUUAUAUUUACCAAUAUUACUAAUAAUAAUAAUAAAUAACAAUCACAAAGGAAUGUAAAAUUAUUAUUUUUCUGUAAUACAAUUACACAACACAAAAAAAUGCAACUGUAAAUAUCAAUUUAAUGAGUUUUCACAUUUCUUUUUAAACAUUUUUUUGAAUGGGUGCUAUACUGUUACACAUUACACAUUAAUGUGUUUACAGAAAUAACCCAGCACUUUUAAGAGUGUAGAGUUUUCUACAUUUAAAUUAAGAGACAUGACCUGACGUUUUAUGUAUCCAAAAUGAGAAGUGAAUAUCAGGAGAGCUGAACACUCGCGUGCAGUGCAUGUUUAUUUCAUACUCGAAGCCAGAGGGCGCUCUCGCGCAGAAACUUAUGACCUGCAGGAAAUCCCUAAUAUGGACAAACACAGGCGGCUAUCGCUGUAGCUGAGCUAAAUAAAAGGACAAUAAACACACGAUUGCGAAAAUAUAUGGUUUGUGUGUUUUUCAAGUUCUCUCCAGGUAAUAAAUAAACUAUAUGGAAAAAUGCAGUACUGAUUGACAUUUCAUUUAGUAUAGAAACUAUCAAAUAUAUUUCCUGAAUUCUGUGAUUUACAAAUGGGGAAAAAGGUGUUUGUAAUAGCCUUUAUAAACCAAUCAUAAAAUUGUCAUUAGGAAAACAUUGAACAAAAAUAUUAUAGCAGCUAACCUUGCUUCCACAGGCUACACAUGGCAAUAUAAACAACAGCUGUGCAUCUCUUCGUGCCGUUCUUGUAAAAUAAUAAUAAUUAAAUAAUAUAAACUUACAAGCACACCGCUCCGCUGAGAACUCCACUUGCCGGCAGCCGCGGACGUUAUUGAAGGCAUCCUGGUAGUGCCCUAAAUUACUAAAGGUGUCUGAAGGUGAGGGAUCGUCCCGGAUGAGAUCGUCAGGUGAAUGGACAUCAUGUGGGUAAUUUUAUUUAAGGCUAAAUUAUUAUAAAUUAAUUUUACUAAAAGUUAGAUUGGGCAGGCCUUCACAAAAGGGCGUUUAAUUUAAAAAAAAAAAAAGGGGGAAAAAAAAAAAAUUGCCCCUCUGCACGUGACUGGUCAUGGCUGUUUUCAGCCAGCAUCCAUACAGAACCUUUAAUGUUCUCGCAUCACACGACUGAAUAACACAAUUUUGCGUCACAUCUGAAUGGAUCAAGCGACUUGCGCUGUUUAUCACUUUACAUUGUGUGGGAAGCGCAGCGCACGCUCUUCAGCGCUGUGCGGGAGACUGAUCCGCUCUGCUUUAACGCGCUGCUGGCGGAUGCAUCGGGUAGCGCUGCUGUACACUUUUGUAGUAUUUGCUUUUUUGCAGUUUCGCAUGCGCUGCAAUUUAAAAACAGCGCCUAAUAUGGGGGAGGUCCCGGUACUCCCGAUGGCCAGUACAUCCCUGAUUCAGACUGACAUCUGUGUUUUGUUUUUCUGUCUAGGUUUGUCCGGAUUCAAUUGGAAGCCCGAAUCCACCGUUGCUCACCACGAGUUCAAUAAUAGGUGUUUGUUUUUAAUCCAUUUGCCUUUUCUUUAUACCCUUUUUUUUUUUUUUUUUUUUUCCCUAAUAAAUGUUUAUGCAAGGCUUUUUGUGGAUUUGCGUCAUUUUUGCGUGAACCGUAGAUUAAUCAUUCAGACAUUUCUGAGGUAUCUAAAUUUAACCAACACGCAUUUAAUUGGCAAGCAAAAUAGUUUGUUACUUCAGUAAAACUAUAAUUGUCAUCUUCAUUGUGGUUUAUUAAGAAAGCUGCAUUCAGCUAAAUAAGCCACUUUGAACAAUCUGUACUGCAGGGCCUACAACAAGCUCAACCAGAUAGGAGUGAUUUAGAACAAACUAAAUACUUCUAUGAACCAUUUUUACUGUGAAUCAACUGCUUCAGGGUGGCUUAUGUAGUCAGUUCUCCUCAAGUUCACACAGGUGUUGUUCAUCACUUUGACUACCUUAACUAACAUUUGGCAUUCAGAAAGUGUCCUCUUAGUUUAAUAUUUUAACUAUGUCUAGUAUUAGGUUUUCUGUGAGUCUAAAAAAUCUUAAUUUGCCAUUUCACAAAUUAAGGCCACAGAAUGGUUCUUAAAUUGGAGCAGAAAGUUUUAAAUUCAUAAAAGCAUGGCUUUAAAUAUUACAUGCACUGUAAACAAUUAUCUUCCUCAGUGUUAUUGUCUUGUUUUCCAAUAUAAAUAUUUAAACUUAAAAUCAACGUAUCUUGACUUAAGAAUCUUUAGAUACUUGCACUUUAAAACAAUCCAAAAUGCUGUAUAAGAACAUUACCUUUUAUGUUUUGUGAUCAUGAGGUACAUAAAAGUUUCCAUAUUGUAGUGUUUUUUUUUUUUUUAGAAAAUAAAAAGUAAUGGAGAUUUAAGUGUGUCUAAUGCAACAAUUUUGAGAACGUUUAACUUACUAAAUCUUCUUCACUUGGUCUUAAAAAGGUCUUUUAAAAACUCUUUAAUUUACCUUCAUAAAAUCUGCAGGAACCCUAAUAAUGUAAAACCUAACAAAUGCCUUUCGUUUAAACAUUUUUAAAUGUAUUAAUGCAUUGGCUCACUGUAUAUAAUGCAAUUUAUAAUGCAACAAAAAAAAAAAAAAAAAACAGUCACAGACUUUCAGCAGUACACCAUUACAGAAUAAAAACUAUCCUUUGAGGAUUAAGAUUUGCUUUUGCAAAAAAGAGUCAUAUAUGUUAUGAACAAACAGUCAUUCAAGUAUCCACUUGUUUUAUUUGUUAAAAGUGAAUGGAUAAAAUGUCAACACAUAAAAGCUAAACUAUGUCUUACAGAUGAAUACUAAAUAUUAGCUUGAGGCAGUGAAGUGUUUGGAGGAGCUGUCUUAGGUUUAUGCAGCUGUAUAGAGGAGGCGGGCGUGUGCUGGCAGGAGCUGACGCUCAAAAACACUUCUCAAACCCAUGACUUCCUCAAAUCUUCCUCUCUAGCUAUGCAUGGAGUGUACUCAUGACUUUUAGAAAUUCUCUUGGUCCUGUUCAGGAUGUCCUCAAUGCGGAGUAUGAGAGAUGAACAUGUUGGUAAAUUCAAGAAGUGCGUACAAAAAAACCAAGAUGAGAAGCAAGCAGUCCAAGAGAGAACGUUUACCAAGUGGAUAAACGUUCAUUUGACGAGACGUGACCCACCUUUACAGGUUCAUAACUUAUUCACUGAUAUUCAGGAUGGAAAGAUUCUCAUGGCUCUUCUAGAGGAACUGUCAGGCUGUAAUAUGCUUGAUAAAUUCCGGCCAUUUCCACAUUGGAUCUUCAGACUAAACAAUAUUUCGAAGGUAUUGAAUUUCCUCGAGGACAGAAAUGUCAGCCUUAUAAACAUUGACGCUAAUGAUAUUGCCGAUGGCAAUCCUUCAGUUGUUCUCAGGCUAAUCUGGAACAUCAUUGUGUACUAUCAGAUUAAACAGGUCACAGGAAGCCUGGAGAAGUUCCCAUGCACCUUCAGUCUGCUGUCAUUACCUUGUGGCAGUGAUUCUUCAGGUCGUAGUUCUCCAGCAUCACCUGGGGAUGACAGUUUUGGCACUCUACCCUCAAAAGGGAAAAGGUCAUCUCAAAAUCUCAAGUACCGCGGUACAGCCAUGAAGACUCUGCUUAGCUGGGCGCAGAACUGUAUUGCAAAAUAUGGGGUAGAAAUUCACGAUUUUGGUAAAAGCUGGAGGAGUGGAUUGGCCUUUCUGGCUCUGGUUAAAUUCUUCUGUCCUCAGUUUGUGGACAUCAGGAAUGCUUUGUCUUCUGAGCCUCGACUAAAUAUGGAGACAGCCUUCGCAGCAGCGAAUGAGUGGCUGGGGAUUCCUCCACUGCUGGAUCCAGAUGACCUUGCAGUGCAUUCACCAGAUGAGCAAUCUGUCAUCACUUAUGUAGCCCAGUUUCUUGAAUGUUGUCCAGGCCAUGAUGAGGACAGUGCAUCAACAGAUUCUUCUCGAGGCACACCAAAUUUCAUUGAAAGAUUGGACAGACAUUGGACUGAUUCAGUUAACUGUGUGUUACCAUCUAACUCUGCUGAAGCUUUGAGAGGACUUCAUAACUCUUCUGAGACCAGCCAAGGGGAACAAACUUACCAUACAGGAGAUCAAGAGCUCAGCACAGGGUCACUGCCUGCCUUUCCUUCAGACAACCCUGUGGGUUUAGCUGCUCUGUCUGAAUAUUUCCUCACCAUGAAGAGCUCCAGCUGGUCAAAUGGACAAUCCCUGUCAGACUCCACUGGGGGGCAGUGUUGUGACUCUGUAGCAUGGAAGAAAGGCUAUUUGGAAAGUCUGGAUAAUGAUGGGAACUGUUUAGACUCAGAGGUUUCAAAAGAGGUUGUUUAUGCUAUGCCAAUGCUGGAUUCAGAUGAAGAGGAUGCAUAUAGCUAUAUAUUAGAGCUGGACAAUAAAGAAGCUGGACUAGAGACACAUGUCGACCUUAAAUUAAAUACAAUUAUGGAUGCACAGAGAAAAGAGUUUGCCAGUACAUUUGAAUCUCAAGGAAGUGAAAUAAACUCAUUGUGUGAUUUUCAUGAGACACGGUGGCAGAUAAAGCCCACAGAUGUAUUGAUUAGGUCAGGUGAUAACAAAAGUGCAGACAUCCGGGACUUAGAAAAAUCUUCACCUGCUUCUGACUCUUUGCUGAUGAAUCAAUUUGGUAAAAAUAUACCAAUAUCAUCUACCAAUGAACAUCUGGACUUGGACUGUUCAUUUAAAAUGAAGGAGAGUAUUUACUCAGAUGCAUUUAAUCUGACUCACAGUGAUGGUGUUGAUGAUGCAUUUGUGCCACCAGUGAAAAAUGGUCUAGAUAAGGAUAAAAUCAGAGAGGACCGUUCCCCCGGUGCAGUGAAGGAUGGUCUAUCAGAUAAUGACCAAUAUGAGCAAAACAGUGUUUUGGAUCGAAGAGUUUUGGAUAGAAUAACAGGAGAAACUGCAGUUUCACAGAGGAAGAAGGGUCUUGACCUAACUAGUUAUGAGGUUCAUGUGCUUCUGUUCUUCUGGAUGAUCGCCUACUGCAUACUUAUGUACCCUCACCUGGAUACUUUCAGUCUAUUCAACCCAAAAUAGCAAUACAUGAGAAAUAUAAUUACAAGGUUGUACAAAGUACUAUACUCUGGGUCCACACACACACACACACACACACACACAAACUCUUACUUCAUCUCCUUCUCAGACCUUAUCGGACAUUUAACCAAAAAUCCAUUUGACAUUGGGACACUAACUCGUUUCUGGGUUUUAGGACUCAUUUCUGCAGCACUCAAUACAUAUUCCCUUUUUUGUUGCUGUACCUUUAAGGUAUUUAUGUAGCCUACAUAACUGUCCUCGCAUGAGAAACAAGGUUCAGUGUGCAGUAGUUGGUGUUGCCUCAUCCUUCAAUAACAGCCUGCAAAUAUUGCUUUACAUUGUAAAAGCUUCACAAAAAAAAAAAAAAAAAAAUCUGUAGUAAAAUGUGCACACACAGAGUCUGUUCCAAAAUCAAUGAGCUGCCCCACUGCCUAAAUAGACAACUGCCUUCUAAGACAGUAAUAUCCUAAAAUAUGGAAUCUUAUAACUGACAGAUUUAAGACUAUAUAAGCAGUAACUAUGCACAACACAAAGUAAUUUCAACAGAGUUAGCAUGCUGCUAAACUAAAUAAAAAAGCAUGCACCUUUCUUGUAAUAUUCAUAAAAAAUGCAUGGCACACACAUAAAAUGAUUAAAACAUUUUUUGAUGUUAUUAUUUAUAUUUGUUUUCAUCAAUGGUAUUUGGUACUGAAUGAAUUAUAUUAACAAUCAAGAUUUCUCUUUUUUCCUCCCUCCAGAUUUAAAAAAAAAAAAAAAAAAAUAUUAUUAUUUAUUAUUUGCUCUGUUACCACAUUACAACUCAGUUAUAGAUGGUUAUUUUGGCACUGAUAGUUAUUUUGGUUUCCAGCAACGAAACGUUAGCUCUAUGGUACACUGCAUACUUUUAUCAAACUUUUAUUAUUUCAGUAUUAUUUUUGUCAAUAUACAAUUUUAUACCUCCCCUUUGUGUUUAUUUUAUUUAUUUUUAUUUUAAGUGAAAAUGGACUUUUCGUGAUAUGACAACUUUUAUAAAAACAUAAAUUAGCCUGAAUCUAUGCACUGAUACUGUUUUAUUUUGACGCUCUUUUUUAACCAUAAAGUCAGGUAAUAGAAUGUCAUUCUGUUUAAUUCCAUUGUGUCAUUCAACUGUUGAAUACUGUAUUAUUAAAUCUUAAUAUUGUGGAUAAUUAAUAUUAAUGCCAUCAGAACAUAAGUUUAACUUAACAAUUUAUCAGAUGUAAAAGCAUCACAAUUUAUAACAAAUGCUUACAUGCAUCAAUAAUGAGCCUUUCAGUUCGUCCCAGCAAAUCAAACAGUGUGCGUGUGGAUCUGGGGGAGAUAAAACGGGCCAAACUGUUCAAAUAUGUACGACUAAGCGUGGGCUGGGUGAGAUUUGUGCCCUCACUACAGCAAGCCAACAGCUUCUGAGAAUGUAUUUGUUUGCCGUCAAGGUCAGGGCCACUAAUCAAUGCCAGUAUCUUUCGACAUUUCCCUUGGAAAAUGAUCAGAGUUUGGACAGUUAUGUGUACCCCUAGCUGUGGUUUUUGUGCAGCAUUGAGCUAGCAAAAGAUUAUGUAUAGUAUUAUUUUGCUAGCAGCAAAGCUGCUUAUCCUCAUUCCUCCAGGAGAAAUGGAAAAACCUGAGAGACAGCAGGCACUAAAUGUUGUGGAAGCUACUAUGGAAACCCUAGUGCUCUCCGAUAACCUUGUCUUUGCUUCUCCCUGCUAUAAGCAGCAAACAAACCAGAGGAAAAAUCUUCUUUACUCCUCAUUUGGACUCUCCUUUGCCCUAGUGAAGAUAGUGAGGAUCUCACAAGACCUGCUCUGACAAGAUUUGACAGAGGAGCUGCUUAAAUUCACAGAGGCCUCUGUGGAACAUAUGCCUUCCUGAUCAGCCAUAACCUACAGAAGAUGCUUACAGAACAACCCCAACACCACAAAGGACCAGUAAAAGAGCAGAUUGCAUCCUAUGCUCUCUAGAAAUAUGUCCCUGUAUUUUAUUCAAAAAAAUUAUUUAUUUAAAAAAAAAAAAAGUUUCCUGUAUGUUUUGUGACACUUUCAAAGUGAAAUGUCCAGUGCGUGACACUAAAAGCACCUUCAGUUUUAUUAAAAAAAAUAAAUAAAUAAUAAAAAGAUGAAUGUGAAUCUGGUUGUUUUUUAUGGUUGUUGUUGUAUGUAUCGUGGCAGAUAAUGUUGAGAAAAGCAAAUGUGAGAUUAAAACACAUCUGAUGAAGCUAACCUGCCACUUUCGCUUGCUUUUGCAAGCUCUUUUAUUGAGGCCAAUGUUUCACGGGACUCAAGUGCUUUAUAUCUCAAGUGCAAUGCUGAACCAGGUGAGCUAUCAAGCAAGUUUACUAAGAAAAGUCAUACAUAUGGAGCAGAUUAUGUUACGCAAAAGUCACUGUUUACAAAUCAUGCAUUAUGAUAAAAGUGUUGUAGGUCAUAUUUUUAUUUGUGUUCCUUGGUAUUGUUCAUUUUUAUUAGAAACCGCAGCGAAUUGUAUGUAUAGGGAUGUUUUUGAAAAAAAGUAAAAAAAAAAAAAAAAAAAUGUAGGUAGAGGCAUGUUUCUAGCCUAGGUCGGUGUAUUUUUGUAAGUACAGUAAAUCAUUCCAGUUCAAAUAGAAAUUGUUCAGUUAUUUUGAACAUGAAUUAAAGGUGCAUCUACACCACUUUUUGUGCACAAACUUUGAAAACCGCUUUUUGCACAUACUUAAAUCAAUACAAGUACAGCCAAAUAAAACCAAGUCACUGUCCUGCUAUUUGUAGGAAAACAGAAUGAGUCAUUCAAACAGUAUAAAGACAGUAAAAUGAUGCUUCAGAUGGGUGAAGGGGUGGUUGUGGAUAUGAGCUCCAAUCAGGAUGUUGUAUGACACUACUAUGAUACUGUAUGAAGUUGAUUUACACACGCUUGCCAGACUAUUUCUGCUGGCACGAGGCAUGUUGAAGUGCCUCUCCAUAGCUAAACCUGCGUACUUUGAUCUUAUCUCUGUAUGUAUGUGUAAGCAUACAGUACAGUGGGGUCUAAAAGUCUAAAACCACAUUGAAAAUCUGUUAUUCAACAUUUGAUUUAAGCCUGGAAAUAAAUAGAAGAU